AUGUUGUUCACCAUUUUGGCGUGGUUUAUGGCGUUUUGGAGUACUAUCAAUUUAUUGGAUUAUUUCCUUCGCUUAUUUCGUGUACCUAUAUAUAUGGCAUUUGUUGAGCGAUAUGAAUUAGUUGUUACACUUUUCCAGAUUCGUUUUGUUCCUAUUCGAUCAUCAUACACGAUACUUAAAACACUUGUACAAAAUAGCCCACUCUCGUAUUUACUUACAAUUUGGUUUACUAUUGGGAUUAUUUUGGGCAUAUUUUGCUCAUUUGGAAUUACCCUGUAUCUUUCAAGUAGUUUUAUGAUGGAAAUAAGUUCAUGGUGGUUCGAACAUUUCCAUUCAUUAUCUUCGGAUGGUUCAGUUAUGAAUGUUUACCAGAUGGAAGCUGCAACAAUUAGGAAGAAGUUCAUCGAAGAAGACAAAGGUUUGAAAUUUGUAAUUCCUGGCUGGGAUAUUCCAUGGACACAAGUGCCGUUAUAUGUUGGAAUUUUAUUGAUCGCAGCGUUGAUCCAUGAAAUGGGGCAUAUGUUAGCGGCAUCAAGUACUAAUGUUCCGGUUACAAGUAUGGGUUUCAUCCUUCUCGCCAUAUAUUUUGGUGCUUACGUUGAAAUUGAUGCUGCUGCAGUGCGACGUUUAUCUUCUAUACAAAAACUAAGAAUUAGUUGCGCGGGUGUAUGGCAUAAUUUGGUACUUGCAUUAUUUGCUUGGAUAUUUUACGAGUCUACUUCCUUUAUUGUUCUGCCAUUGUAUAUGUCUGAUGCGGGCGUUUACGUUAGAGAUAUUCAAAGGGAUUCUCCUCUAUCGGGACCACUUGGUUUACAGAAGGGCAAUGUUAUCCAAGUAAUAAAUGGUUGUACUGUAAAUAAUAUUAACGAUUGGAAUCACUGUCUGAAGAUAAUGAAGUAUACUAAUUCGGGAUUUUGCGUGCCAGACGACGUAAUUGCAGAGAAUAUUGCAGAUGAGAUGCAGUUGGUGGAGAAUGAAUUAGACUGUUGCCACAAUUCAACAUGGAAUAAUUCAGCUUCACAUAUGUGCUUUUAUGUACGUGAUUGGAUGCACAACUUCCCUAAAAGACAAAGUCAUGAAUUGUUGGAGUAUUUUUCGGCGAAAAUAUGCGCAUGUUUGCCAGCGAGGUAUGUAACAGAUUUACCGUCUUGCAGUUCUACUGAUAAUUGCACAAAUACAAGUCUAACUUUGGAAACCACCCAUUCAUCUUGCGUUUUUCCUGCUCUUCUGGGUAGCAUGUCAUUCAUGAAAAUUUCAAUUGGAAAUGCAUCGCGAAUAGUUCUCUAUGUAGGCUACGUUAAGGAGUUGGAAUUUGAUGUGCAAGUGAGUAAUUACGUGCCACGGUUACCAAUAUCGUCAGCAGUGAUACCUUACUUAAUUGAGCUUGUGGCAAAGUAUCUCUUCACAUUCUCAUUCGCUUUUGCUGUUAUCAACGCGGCACCUUGCGUUUAUCUUGAUGGGCAAUAUAUUUGCUCGAAUUUUGUGGACUUCAUGUUCAGUAAGCUCAGACCGAGGAGACGACGAUUUAUUAAACGAAUGACUUUGAUAUAUGGAACGACACUCUUGAUUGCAAAUUUCAUCCUCGCUUUGCGGAAGUUAUAUAAACAUGCUGUAUAG